AUGUUUGCUUGCCAUCUGAAGUGUUGGAGCAGCUGUAUAUUGUACAUUUGUAAAUAGUUUGAUGUAUCAUGAAUACUUGCUUGAUUCUAAUGUUCUUGGCAGUUGGUGUUAAUGAGCUUUGCCUCGCUGGACCUUUGCAUGCCCAAUGCAAAGUAGACUGGUAUUUUGGGAUACCUUGUCAGACAGUUUACAAAUCCCUGGUUCUACAAAUAAGAAAGUGGGAAACCAUGGCUGGCUGCAGGCAGGGCGGACAACGAUGCUUGCACAAGUUAGAGUCUGCCUCAGUCCACUUUAUAGCUGCCAAACACAUGCAACCCAUUAAGAGAUAUGUGGAUGUUAUUCAUUUUCGCCUACUUCCCUAUUAUUUCCACAACUUCUGUCAUGUUUCGGCCAUGUCAAUCUCUGAGAUUUGGUAUCUCAUAAAAGACCAUGGUACAAACUACUGCAACCUCUACAACCUCAUGGACGGAAGCAGUCUGACUGAGGCCAGGGGUUACAAGGAGAUCACCAGCGACUUUCUAUGCACCCAACGCUCUUCAGCCAACUGUACAGUAGUUUGACUUCUGACUCCAAUAAUAAGUUACUUCAGUAAUAUGAGUAAUUUUAAGUGUGGAUGAAAAAUGCAAAAAUGUGCAAAAUGUAUCAAUCCUGUACAAUUGAAUUCAAUAUUGCUCAGAAAUAGCUUUACGUUACCAACAUGAGUGACGGUUGUGCCAGCAACUGAGACUUACAUGAGCCUCUAUGAUUUAUGGUGCUGCCCCCGAAUAUGCAUUAAGUAUUGCGUUAUGUUUCAGUUAGAACAGUUACACAUGCAAAUGCACCACAAGCAUUUGUAUUCUAAAAUGUAUUUUACAGUAAUUGUGAAUUUCUAAUAACCUCAGGCUGAAGAAAAUCCCUAAACCAUGAAUCACACGCAAUUAAUGUCUAUGUGAAUUAAAAGCACAACUAAAUAAAAAUGGAUUCAAACAAACAUAUCAAACUGAUAUUAGGCAUCUCUUUGUUUUUGCAAUUGCAUUAUUCAAAUUUAUAAUAUAUGGUUUGAAAAAGGAGGUAAAUGCGAUGAUUGUGAAUUUGAUUCUGUCCCCUUCCUGUGAGGAGUUUAAAUGUUCUUCCCGUGCAUGGUAGGCCGACUGACCACUCCAAAUUGUCAAUAAGGUUGAGUGCGAAUAGUUAUUCGUCUUUGCGUGCCCUACGAUCGACUGCCAAGAAGUUCAAGGCGUCAUCCGCCUACUGCCCGAAGUCAGCUGGGUUAGGCUCCAGCACGCCCGCGACCCUCGUGAGGAAAAGAAAUUCAGGAAAAGGAUGUAUUAGGGUUGACAUUAUAUUGAUCGUAUGAUUAUGUUGGAAUGUUGACUAGAAACAUUAACUUUGUUAAAACCUUCCACCUUACCUUGACUUGUUGAUGUGAAUUCCAAUAUAUGACAAAGCUUGUCAUAAACACCUUUAUUCGGCCACAUUAUUUCACUCCAUCGCACUCCGUGACCCGACAGCAAAAAAACUUCCAACACUUCCGUCACCGCCUCCUUAUCCACAAUGCAUAGCAUCAGGAGUUAACAAUCUCCCUCUUUCUUAAAAAUAAAAUAAACAAAUACACAGAACAUUUAAAGUGUGCUUGAAUAAAGACCUUUUUGAACUACAAAACAAAAGGUUUAUUUUCUAUCUAUAAACAAAAAUUUAAGUAGCCAUGAACCUUCAUCUAACGCUUUGAGAAGCAUGAGUGAAGAAGCUCCCUUUUUUUGUCAGGCAAUCUGCAAGCUGGGACUUAGUCUCUGACCAAAA